UCAGGGCGCGCGCGAGCGCCGGUACCUGCCUUUCCACAGCUGCAUUGUGUGCAUGCGCUCCGCGUGCUUCCGACUCGGGCGAGAAGAGUCAUGGCCUCAGGAUGCCGGAUAGGCCCGUCCAUCCUCAACAGCGACUUGGCAGCGCUGGGCCAGGAGUGCAGCCGCAUGAUGGACUGCGGAGCCGACUACCUACACCUGGAUGUAAUGGACGGGCAUUUUGUCCCAAACAUCACUUUUGGCCAUCCUGUGGUAGAGAGCCUUCGGAAACAGCUAGGACAGGAACCCUUUUUUGAUAUGCAUAUGAUGGUUGCCAAUCCAGAACAGUGGGUGAAACCCAUGGCUGUGGCAGGCGCAAACCAGUACACCUUUCACAUAGAAGCAACAGAAAAUCCAGGUGCACUGAUCAAAGAUAUCAGAGAAAAUGGAAUGAAGGUUGGUUUGGCUAUCAAGCCGGGAACUACAGUAGAAUAUUUAGCACCAUGGGCCAAUCAGAUAGACAUGGCUUUAGUUAUGACAGUGGAACCUGGCUUUGGGGGACAGAAGUUCAUGGAAGAUAUGAUGCCAAAGGUUAACUGGCUGAGAACACAGUUCCCUUCCUUGGAUAUUGAAGUGGAUGGUGGAGUUGGGCCGGACACCAUUCAUAAAUGUGCAGAGGCGGGGGCAAAUAUGAUUGUGUCGGGUAGUGCUGUAAUGAAGAGUGAUGAUCCCAGAGCUGUAAUUAACCUUCUCAGGCACGUGUGUUGUGAAGCUGCGCAGAAGCGUUCCCUUGACCGGUGAAACUGGGUUACCACAAAGAUGACCAAAUGCUGCUUUUUUGUGUGUCGGUGGGUGGGUAGCCGUUUCUGAAAUGCGUUGCUACUCAGACAGGACUGCAGUACUAAAGAGUCAUUCCUCCACUGCAGAGAAGCCGAGUUGCAAGACACCAAGCUUGUUCUUGCAGCUAGGAAGAAUUCCAGUUCUCUACUGUAACUUGACUGCCAAAGGCAAACUUGUAAUUCAUACUACAAAACACGGUACGUUCCAGCAUCUCAUGGAAGACUUCAAUAUAUUUUGUUCCAUAUGCAACAAUUAAAUCUGUGCAUUCCUUUCUUUUUAAAAAUACAGCUUCUUAAAUGUGUGAAAAUAAAUGCUUGAAAUAGCA